UCUGUCCCUAUAUAUCUAUCCCUUCUCACUGUUCGAAGCUUCGUUGUUUCAUUGACGCCACACGUACAACACGCACUCUCUCGUCCGCGGAGUAGGGACGCCUGGCGAGACUACCAAUCGUCGGGGUUCGUCGCAAACUGAGGGAUUUGAGAGAACUGCUCGUGGGCUCGGGGCAGAUCCGUUAACGGAGAAGAGGUUGUCAAGUUGAUCUAAGGAAGACAUUUCAGGCUAAGGAUGAAGGCGCUCAUUCUUGUUGGAGGGUUCGGUACUAGAUUGAGGCCAUUGACUCUGAGUGUGCCCAAGCCACUGGUCGAAUUUGCUAACAAGCCCAUGAUUUUGCAUCAGAUAGAAGCCCUCAAGGCUAUUGGAGUGACUGAAGUAGUCCUGGCUAUCAAUUAUCAGCCUGAGGUAAUGCUUAACUUCUUGAAAGAUUUUGAGGCAAAGCUUGAGAUCAAGAUUACAUGUUCGCAAGAGACUGAGCCUCUUGGAACAGCAGGUCCCCUUGCUUUGGCUAGGGACAAGCUCAUAGAUGAUUCUGGUGAGCCAUUUUUUGUUCUUAAUAGUGAUGUGAUCAGUGAAUACCCUCUGAAAGAGAUGAUUGAAUUCCAUAAAUCUCAUGGAGGUGAAGCUUCUAUAAUGGUGACCAAGGUGGAUGAGCCUUCAAAGUAUGGUGUCGUCGUCAUGGAAGAAACUACUGGACAGGUUGAGAGGUUUGUUGAGAAGCCAAAGUUAUUUGUGGGUAACAAGAUCAAUGCUGGCAUUUACCUUCUGAACCCUUCCGUGCUUGAUCGUAUCGAAUUGCGCCCUACAUCAAUUGAGAAAGAGGUUUUCCCAAAAAUUGCAGCAGAGAAAAAACUCUACGCAAUGGUCCUGCCAGGCUUUUGGAUGGACAUUGGACAGCCAAGGGAUUACAUCACUGGCCUGAGACUCUACCUGGACUCCUUGAGGAAAAAAUCUUCUUCUAAAUUGGCCUUGGGAACUCAUAUAAUCGGAAAUGUCUUGGUUGAUGAAAGUGCAAAAAUAGGGGAGGGAUGCUUGAUUGGCCCUGAUGUUGCAAUUGGCCCCGGUUGUGUUGUUGAGUCAGGUGUGAGGCUGUCUCGCUGCACAGUUAUGCGUGGAGUCCGCAUUAAGAAACAUGCCUGCAUAUCAUCUAGUAUCAUUGGGUGGCACUCAACCGUUGGUCAGUGGGCUCGGGUAGAGAACAUGACCAUUCUUGGAGAAGACGUGCAUGUUGGUGAUGAAAUUUACAGCAACGGAGGAGUUGUUUUGCCUCAUAAGGAGAUCAAGUCCAGCAUCUUGAAGCCAGAGAUAGUAAUGUAAAGGGCGUGUUGUUGUUUGACUAUAGUUUUUAGCGAGUUAAGUUAUAUAAAUAUGAAUGUGUUUGUUCUUUGUCAUCAUCUUCUUCGUCGUCGUCAGUCAAUGCUAAAGGACCACAUCUGUUAAGCUUUAGAUAUGGCCUCUGUGUGUAAUCUGUAACCUGUUGUCCAUGUAAAAAUAAAUUAUCUGUUUUCUCAAAGGCUCAUUUUUGUAGAUCCAAAGAUAGCUGAAUUCUUAUUAUUCUGAAUAUUGCCAGAUUAUUGAUUUGUUGAA